AUGUUGCUCUAUGCGCUGUUGAAGGCUGUGAUUGUGUCCAGCGCCGUAUGCAUAGAGGAAAGCAACAGAGAGAGGAAACCCUAUAUCGUGUUCCCCGUGCCGUUCGAUUUACCCAGCCGCAAUGAUCGGGCUACUCAGUGCUGGCUCAGAAUCGAAGAUGAAGAACUUAUUGAGACCGUGGCCGUGUAUUGCCAUAUAGCGCAAGAGUUCGUCCGCAAGCAUAUCCACGAAUACAACUCCAGGAAAAUGACGGAGGAUGACGUCGACGUGAGCCUUUGGAGCGAGGAGCCUCAGUCACUAGGAGACGUGUUAAAAGUUCCGGAAAGCAGUCAUAAGAACAUCAAGCAUUGGAAGACUACAACAAUAUUGGACCCCGUAACUCGUAUGAGACUUAGCUGCACAUUUAAAAUGUUACUCGGCGUUUCACUCGAAAUCGCAUUGAUCGCUAUCAUGAUCCGACGGGGCACGACCGCUGCCGCAGAGCCGAAGCCCUACGCGAUAUUCCCGGUGCCCUUUGAAUUGCCGAACCGCAACGACCGAUCGAACCAGUGCUGGCUGAGGAUCGAAGACCUGGAGCUCGUGGACACAGUGACUGUGUACUGCUUCGUUGCGCAGGCCUUCCUCCGUAACCACAUCCGCGACUACAACGCCAGGAAAAUGAAGGAAGAUGGCGUCGAUAUGAGCUUAUGGAGCGAAGAGGCGAGCCCGAGAUACGAAACCGACAUGAAAGCCGUGAGCGACCCAAAGAAUAUAAAAGACUGGAGAGGGACAACUGUGUUUGAUCCGACAGUAAAUAGGAGGAUAUACGUCACAAAAGACGCUGAAUGCAAACUUAUCAUGUACAGCAGGGAAGGAAUGACGAACUACAAAGAGACCGAACUUGAAUUGGUGGGCUCCCAUUACGCCCUUCCCCCUUCC